ACAAAACCCUCAGCUCAUUUCCCAUAAAUCCUCAAAACCCUCACUCACAUUUUCUCUCUCCUCAUUCUCCAUUUCUAUUUCCUCUGAGAUUAUUUCGUCUCCAUUAACAAUGGCGAAAGGUCCUGGACUUUACACCGACAUUGGAAAGAGAGCUCGAGAUCUUCUCUACAAGGAUUAUCAAACCGAUCAGAAGUUCAGCAUCACUACUUACUCUCCUACUGGUGUUGCCAUUACUUCCAAUGGCACGAAGAAAGGUGAACUAUUCUUGGGUGAUGUUAGUACUCAGGUGAAGAGAAAUAAUGUCACAGCUGAUAUUAAAGUGGACACCAACUCCAAUUUGCUGACCACCAUCACUGUUGAUGAGCCUGCACCUGGAAUGAAAACCAUAGUGAGCUUCAGAGUUCCUGACCAGAGGUCUGGCAAGGUUGAGCUUCAAUACUUGCAUGACUAUGUGGGAGUAUGCACCAGUGUUGGUUUGACUGCAAACCCGAUUGUGAACUUCUCUGGUGUGAUUGGGACGAAUAUGCUAGCUUUGGGGUCUGAUGUUUCAUUUGAUACUAAAACCGGAAAUUUCACCAAAUACAAUGCUGGAGUGAGUUUUUCCAAUGCAGAUCUGAUUGCUUCAGUUACCUUGAACGACAAGACUGACAGUCUAAAUGCAUCCUACUACCACCAUGUUAAUCCCCUAACCAACACAUCUGUUGGUGCGGAGGUGACUCGCAUCUUCUCAACCAGUGAAAACACCAUCACUCUUGGUGCUCAACACGCAAUCGACCCAUUAACAAAUAUGAAGGCACGUUUCAACAACUCUGGCAAGGCUAGUGCACUUAUCCAGCACGAGUGGCGCCCCAAGUCAACAAUCUCUCUCUCUGCUGAGGUGGACACCAAAGCCAUUGAGAAAAGUGCUAAGGUUGGAUUGGCAUUGGCUCUUAAGCCAUGAGCAGUCGUCAUACACCCACUGUUCCAUGUUCUUUACUUAGCGUUGCUGACACUAUUUCAGGUUGGUUAGGUGUAUUUUGGUCUGUAAAAAAUAAUAUGAGUUUGACAAACUUGUGUCUACACUUAUCAGCUAUCCUUAGUUUUGUUAAUUUCCCGACCAAUUAUUGUUAAAUGGUUGGCUGGUGACAGUUUUUUGAGUAUUAGAGGACAGGUUGAAGUUCAACGGAAGUUAGUUGGAUUAGAUCAUGAUCAAAUCACAGGAUAUUUCGAUUAAAAAGGCUGUUUUAUCA